AUGCCGGUCAACCCCGGCGGCGAGAUUUCCGAGGGGGAAAAGGAGCGGUUGUUGAAAGAAAGAGAAGAGAUUAUGAGGAAGUUGCAGGAAUUGAAUGACGACGAUGACGACGAUAGCGAUUGUAGUUUUGAUAAUGUAGAAGAAGAAUUAGACGAAUUAACUACUCCAAAAAAUGAAGUUAAUGGUAGGAAAAAUGUCGAGAAAAAGGAAGAGGAGAAGCCGACAAUAAAUGAAGUUGAGAAAAGAGAACUGCGAUUUGAAGAGUUUGAUGACCAACAAUCGUCCAUUGAUUCUACCGACUUGCCAGCGACAAAAAAUACGGAACGAGACGAGUUUGAUGACGAGUUGUUGCAAGAAUACGAUGAAUUGAAAUGCCCAUAUUCGGGCGGAGCGGAGGAAGGCGACGAGGAAGAAGAAGGACAACAAGUGCAGAAAAUCGUGUUGGAGAAGUAUGAUGAUGAUAGGUACAAGCCGCUACCCGAAGGCUGGACGAUGUUCACGCAUAACAGCGGAAUGCCGUUGUAUUUGCAUCGCAACUCGCGGGUUGUCACACUUGCAAGACCGUAUAAGGUGACGACGGAUAUGACGAUUCGGAAUCAUCGGAUACCGCUGUCGGCGAUUCCUUGCAUGAAUCGCAAAGAGAGCAUCAAGAAGGAAGAAGAGAAGAAUCGCAAAAUCAAGGAGCGUUUGGAGACGGCCGCGGCGCCACAAUCGUCAGCGUCGGCAGCGAAACUCGCGGCGGAGAUUCUGCUCAACGUGAACACGAAAAUUGUCGAGGUUGACGAGGAGCCGACUAUAAGUCCAGAAGAGUUCAAUCAAUACUGUUCAUCGAUAUUCAAAUUCAAGGAGAUUAUGGUGGCCAAAUUUAAAAAGGAAAUGGACAAAGGGGCAAUGAGACGAGAGAAAAUGUUGGAUAAUGUGCUUCAACGCGCAGGCUUCACUGAAAAAUACGAAGAAGUCAAAUCGCGAAUGAAAGCUGGCGAUAUGCUGAUGACGGCGCCUUCUGGAGCAACUUUGAUUGAUGUAACUCCUUUGGAUAAUCGAAGACAACGAGGGAAAAAACCAUUUUUGCUGAAUCCAAUGGGUCGAACCACAGUAAUGAUUCUGAACGAAUUUAUGCAACGAUUGGUUAAGGGAAAGAUUGAAUAUAUUUGUGAGGAUAAUCGAAAUGUGACUUGUCCUUAUAAAGCCACUGCAUAUCUUUCGCUUAAAGCCGCAGAUCUAAUCGCGAUUGGCGGAAGUGCGAGAGAAAAACUGGCGCUUCUCAAUCAGCAAGCCGAAAUAUCGGGAACAUCUCUAAUGAAUAAUGAUAUGAAAAAAUUUCCAAUUGGUCGCGGUAUUGGUCAUAGUAAAAAAGUGGCUCGACUAUCGGCAGCAAAAGAUGCCCUAUCUGUUCUCGUUCCGCCGCUCUACGUAAACGACGAAUUCGUCUGUGAAGGUGUUCGCGAGAAGGUCGAUCCGAGUCUCGGAUGCGGCGAAGUCAUUCGCGGUUUCAACGAAGAGGCGAUGAAGGUUCUCGAUGUUCUCAAAAUCGACUCGCCUAAAAUCUUUUCGAUUUGCCAACAAUUUGGAGUGAUUAAGCCGUAUGCGUUGCUUCGGGAAGCUGUAACGAGAUCUAUUCGCUGGAACGGCACCGAAUUGAUCGUGAAAAAAGAGCUCGUCGGCGCUGGAACUCAAAAAUCGCGAGUGUCGUUAAUUCUAGGCGAUCUCGAGCAAACCGCCGAAGAGCAUGGUGUGAAGGUGGCGAUGCAGAUCGCCGCUCAACUUUUGCUCCGAAAAAUGCAUCCCGAGCUCGAAUGCUACGGUAGCUAUUUGCGAUUGUAUGCGGCGUUUGAAGAGAAAACGCAAAAGGACAAUGCGAAACGGCAUCAUGAUCAAGUGGUUCGACUUCAGAACAAAGGAAGUCUGCUGCAACCGAAUCACGCAGUUCUCAAUAAGUUGAAAGAAGAAAUGAAAAACGUAACAUUGAUUUAUCCGCCCCGCAAAUUUCUCUACGGACUCGCUGGCUCGCAAACGCCGGCGUCCGUUGUGCCGCUGAGCCCGAACUACUCUGUUCAAUACUUGAACAUUGGAACCCAAACCGAUUUGCCGUCACUUUCGCCGAUUCCACCAUUCCUUCCACCGACGUAUGGCUAUUCACCUCUACCAUCUGGACAACCGCGACCGCCGAUGCCGCCGAUGCCACCGUCUUCCUGGUUUCCGUCAUCAAAUAAAUGGCAAGGUCCUCCACGAAGGAAGCGACCGUUUGAAGAAGAAGAAGAACAUGCACCGCCAUUACCGCCGCCGGGAUUUCCUCCGGUUCCUCCCAUUGAUCCUCUUCGAGCAAUUCCACGCCCUCCCAUACUUCCUCUACCACCUUCUGACCCAAAAUGUGAUAAGGCGUCAAUUGAUAGCCGAAAUCAGUCAUAG